UUUCCUGACAAUAAAACUAUUAUAACUGGGCAUUUCCAACAUAAAAGUAACGAGUCGUGUUGGCUUGGUUGGGACGACAGCGUAUCGGUGGAAAGGAUUCGUUUCCGAUGAAUAAAUAUGACAGUGAAUGGUGGGGAUGCAGUUAAGAAGCCAGUUACCCGCGAGCAUCUCGUCGCCACUUCUUCCUAUACACUCAGUUCAAUUUUGUAGCGAGGAACUAUCGGAUGUUAUUUCGUGUCCGAUCAACUUCAGAAACAGAAAAGGAGCAUGCAAAUCCGAGAAAUAUUUUUUAAAUCGAUAAUAUCGGUGUUAUCGGUACUAUUGGUGUUAAGAGGUAUAUCAGCGCAAUGUCUAACCGGAAACGAUAGUCCUUCGAUGAUGGGCGCUGGCUCGAAGAAAGCUAUAAUCGACUCGAAAUUUCGUUUCGCUCUUGAGACUCUUAAAAAGAUAUCUUUAUUCGAAUCUCAAGACAAUAUAAUUUAUAGUCCUUACAGUAUUCAUCAGGCUGUGACCUUGGCAUAUUUCGGUUCCCGAGGUACCACCGAGGAAGCCUUGAAGAGAGCUUUGCAGUUGCCUGCUGACAUAUCCAAAGUCGAUGUACAACGAUAUUAUUCCUUCGAGAAUACCCUCAAACAACAAAUCAACGGUCAGAAUGAUGUAUCAUCCAAUUACGAGUUUAACUCAGCGAAUCGAUUAUGGAUAUCAGAUAAGAAAAAAGUACGGGAAUGUAUAUUAAGUUUAUUUGGCAAUCAAUUGGAAAAAAUCGAUUUCAAAACCAAUCCAAAUGCUGUUCGUGAUCAAAUUAACAAUUGGGUCAGCAAUAUGACCAAAGGUCACAUUCGGGAUCUUCUUUCCCCUAAUAGUAUUACAACAGAUACUGAUUUGGUAUUGGCUAACGCUGUAUACUUCAAAGGUCUUUGGAAAAGUCGUUUCAAUCCUACCAAUUCUAAGAAAGACAUCUUUUAUUCUUCUAAAUCCCAACAUUCUAUGGUUAAAUACAUGAGGCAGCAGGGAAAUUUCAACCAUGUUAUCUCCGAAAUACUUGGCGCACACGUAUUGGAACUACCCUACAAAGGAAACGAAAUCUCCAUGUUUAUCCUCCUUCCGCCAUUCGUUACAAAAAUUUCCAACGAUUCCAUGCAAAACGGGGAACGAGACAGUAUUUACCAUCUGAUCGAACGUCUUUCCACGGAAGCAGGAUAUACAGAGAUUCGCGAUCUUUUAACCUCUGAUUCACUCCCUCAACCGGUAGAGAUCAUCCUGCCGCGAUUCGAAGUCGAAAAGGAACUUCAAAUUACGACGUUGCUCGAUGCCAUCGGUGCUGGCGAAUUGGUAAUACCUGAUGUGGCCAAUCUUAAAGGUUUUGUCGAAGAUGGUGAAGAAUCGGUGCAUCUUGGCGCUGCUGUCCAUCGUGCUCGAAUUGAAGUCACCGAGGAAGGGACCACUGCAGCCGCAGCCACUGCCAUUUACACGUUCCGUUCUGGGCGGCCAUUGGUACCGACAGUUUUCAACGCCAAUCAUCCGUUCGUCUAUUUUAUCUAUGAGAAACCGAAGCGUACUAUCUUGUUCGCCGGCAUUUACCGUAAUCCCAAUACUCCAAAGAAUACUGAGGAGACAGCUUGAGGUAUGAGCGAGUCAAUGUGAUCAUUGUUUCUCGUUUUAUCUUUGAAAAAAAAGUGUGUAGAGAAUGAGUUUUGAUGAAAUGUGUGAUAAACUUUAAUGUUUAAAUUUUUUUUUGUUUCAUGACAAAUAUGAUGGAUCGAUAUUUGCAAAGGAUUAGUAGAAAUUUUGUACAAAUAUUGUACAAAGAUUUAUGAUCGAAUGUAUGUAAUAUUUUCAUAAGAUUUCGUUUAAUGGAAUUAAAUUAUUGAAGAGGGCAA